UUCAUCAUGGUUCUGCUCCAGAUCUUCAUCCUUGUCUUUCUGGUUUGUGUCCAGGCCAAAGACCAGACUGAGGUCAGAGUUCACCUUGGUCAGAACGUCACGUUAAACUGCUCUGUGGCAGACCGGGAACUUUACUGGUACAUGGAGAUCCACAGCGGCUUCAGAUGCUGCAUCGUACACACUUUUGGUCCACGGUCAUUUGUUCUCUACGUGUUUCCAUUUUCACAAGUAAAGUUCAACAUCGCAGGAAGCAGACUGGUGGUACUAAACAUCACAGCUGAGGACUACAGGCAUUACUUCUGUGCCUGGAAGGAGAAAGGUGAAAUUGUGUUUGGGGACUCUUUCAUCCUGGUCUCAGAUGUGGGAUCAGACCCCCACCAACCACAGCCUCGUCCCUGUAGAAGCGGUCUGGAUCAGCUGCUCAUGUACGGCUCCUUCACCCUGAAGCUUCUCUUGCUGGUUGUAGGUUCAGGUCUUCUGCUUCAGCGUCUGAAGCAGACGUGCAGGAAGCAGGAGCGCCCAGAGACGGAGGAGGCUCCACAGUAUGAGAACGGCACCUGGCUGCAGCGUGUGGAAGGGGCGGGGUCAGAUCCAGGCGGCGCUGGAUGUCAGAUCACCGUGGUUAACCGUGUCUAGAUGUCAUGACACAAACAGCACCGUCUUUAGGGUGUUGAGGCAUAUUUGCAGCUUUUACGGUCUUUUUAUUGUCAUAGUUUUAACUGUAUUAAUGCUAACUAUGUAUAUGUUGGAGGAUUAUCAGCAUUUUCAGUUAAAUUUUUAUAUUUUAAUUUAAGGGCCAAUAACAGGUCAAUAAUAAUCUCUGUAGAGUUUUUCUUCUGUUGUUGGUGACCAAAAAUGUCCCAUAAAACCAUUAAAACCAUCUUCCAGUCUAAACAAUAGGCAUUUCUGAUAUCAGGCUUUUAUUCUGGAGUUUUUGCUUCAUAUUUGCAGUUUCUCAAAUGAUGUUUUUCCAUAUUUGUCAAGAGGGGAAAUUUCACGCUUUUGUCCUGAUUUCCUGUGGGGGCGCUGUUGUUACAACUUAUCAAAAUCUUGAAAUUUAAA